CUCCACGCUCGUCUCCCUUUUCAUACAAACUCUCUCUCUCUCUCUCUCUCUCUCUCUCUCUCUCUCUCUCUCUCCACCGUCUCCGCUCUCUCUUUCUCUCUCUUCAUCUGCUUUGGAUCUCGUUAGGGUUUCGAGAGCGCCCCCGAUCGCCCGAUCGGAUCUCGUCGCAAGGGUUUCGGUGGUGGCUCCGGCGAUCCGUAGGCGACGGAGAAGCUAAUUCUCAUCGGCGGCGGCGGCGGCGGCGGCGGCGGAGGCCAUGUUUCUUGUGGAUUGGUUCUACGGCGUACUCGCGUCGCUAGGGCUGUGGCAAAAAGACGCGAAGAUCUUGUUCUUAGGGCUCGACAACGCGGGGAAGACGACGCUGCUCCAUAUGCUCAAGGAUGAGAGACUGGUUCAGCAUCAGCCGACGCAGCAUCCGACAUCGGAGGAGCUGAGCAUUGGGAAGAUCAAGUUUAAGGCCUUCGAUCUGGGAGGGCAUCAGAUCGCGCGCCGCGUGUGGAAGGACUACUACGCCAAGGUGGACGCCGUUGUGUACCUGGUGGAUGCAUACGACAAAGAGAGAUUUGCGGAGUCGAAGAAGGAACUAGAUGCACUCCUGGCGGACGAGUCGCUGGCGAGUGUUCCGUUCCUGAUUCUGGGCAACAAGAUCGACAUCCCGUACGCUGCAUCUGAGGAGGAACUGCGGUACCACCUCGGCCUCAGCAACUUCACCACGGGCAAGGGCAGCAUCAACCUCUCCGGAUCCAACGUCCGCCCCCUUGAGGUCUUCAUGUGCAGCAUCGUCCGCAAGAUGGGCUACGGUGAAGGCUUCAAGUGGCUCUCCCAAUACAUCAAGUAGAGACAGAGAUAUGCGCGCGUAACUCAUAUCAUCUAAGACCCUCCGUUUUUUUAGCAUUUUCUUCUUAUCUUACUGUCUUGAAAAACCAGCUGCUACGAGAGGGGUAUUUAAGGGAUAGUUCGGAAAUGCACAAAGCCCAAACGCAGGUCCAAAUAUGACGGAAGUAAUGGAAGAGGUGAGGAUUAUACUUCUUUCAUAAUUUCUUGAUCUUUAAAAACAUUAAAAUUGGUGCAUUUGGAUGAUACAUUUCCAAACUAAGCCUUAGUUGCUCCCGAAAACACUGGUGAAAUGGAUGUAACGCUAAUACCUGCUUCAAAAUUGACUAUGAUGACGAUAUUUAUCUGCGGGAAAAUAGCAGGCGGCCGGUACGAUGGUUAAACAUUGAGGAAGUGUACUGUGUAAUAAUCAUACCAUAUCAUCUAAUCUUCAACGAAUCAUAUCUUUUGAGAGAAAAGUACAAUAAAAAUAUUUUUUCUAAAAA